AGAAACGAGAGAGAUAUCAUUAAUAUUGGGAUUGCUUCCAAUGGUAAAUACAUGAUGACUGCAUCCGCUGAUACAACCAUACUCAUAUGGGAUCUCAAAGGUGAAAUCAUUGCUACAAUUAAUACAAACCAAAUGACUAACAAUUAUGUAGCUGUAUCACCAUGUGGACGAUUUGUAGGAUCAUGUGGUUUUACUCCUGAUGUUAAGAUAUGGGAGGUUGUUUUUACCAAAACUGGCGAGUUUAAAGAAGUGAAAAGAGCAAUGGACCUAAAAGGACACAAAGCCAGCGUUUAUCAUUUUGCAUUUUCUUUAGAUUCAACAAGAAUGGUGACCAUUUCUAAGGAUGGUACAUGGAAAAUAUGGGACACUAAUGUUGAAUAUCAGCGUAAUCAAGAUCCGUAUCUCCUGCACACCGGUAAUUACGAUUACAAUGGCCCUUGUAAGUGUGCAAUAGCACCAGAUGGUUUAUCUGUUGCCAUAGCUACAGGGUAUGAUGUCUCCCUCUAUGAUGCGACAUCAGGAGAGGAGGAAGAAACAUUUAAUGAUGUCCACACUGAACCUAUCAGUGCAUUAGCAAUUUCUCCCAGUGGUAAAUACUUAGUUACUGCUGGAGACAAGCAUCUGAAAGUGCUGCACAAUGUGGCUGGGUAUAAAGCUAGUAUUGCAGACAUGGAAGAUAAAAAGAAAAAAUCUACCACGAGUGCGGCUAUGAAGGAGAGGUUGAAUCAAAUGAUUAAGGAAUAUAC